CGGCGAUUUUUAUCUGUUCCUCUUCCUUCGCUCGUGUAUAAAUAUACGCUCCACACUCAUCUUCUUCCUAGUUAGUGUUUCGUAACUGUAAUCGAGCUUCAAGCGUGUAGGAACAAAGAAGAAUCGCCAUGGGUUUGAAGGAAGAAUUUGAGGAGUAUGCUGAAAAGGCAAAGACCUUGCCGGAGAACACAAGCAAUGAAAACAAACUCAUUCUCUAUGGACUAUACAAGCAAGCCACUGUUGGAGCCGUGAACACUAGCCGCCCUGGAGUGUUCUACCAGAGGGACAGAGCCAAAUGGGAUGCCUGGAAGGCCGUUGAAGCAAAAUCCAAGGAUGAUGCAAUGAGCGACUAUAUCACCAAGGUGAAACAGUUGCAAGAGUCAGCUGCAGCUAACUGAUGAGCUUUAAUUAUCUGUAUGGACAAUGAUGCUCAAAUAAUUCUUGUUUAAGUUCAGUACCUUAAUCGUAUGUAUCUAAAUUCUGCGACAAUGAACCAUUUGUUAGUAU